CUCGGUCUCCGUUAGUUGAACGUUUUUUUUAGUACAUUUUGAACUAAACUUUUAUUUCGAUAAUAUUUGGUGACCACUUUUCGUUUAAAAUUUUUCAUAUAAACACGAUUACUUGUUAUUAAAAAAAUUAUUAAAUAAAAAAGUGUUUCUUAACUUUAUUGGAAUAUCAAAUUUGCAAUGAUGAUAUCAAUAAGUGUUUGAGAUUUCGCGUUGGUGUUGUUGUUAUGUUGAACAUCGCGGGUUGUGGUAUUAGUGAUCGGCCGUUUUUGCUACUGUUUGAUGUCACCUUAUAGCCGAUACCGGCCACUGCCGGGAUCCGAUGGAUUAACGACUGUCCUGCAGCCCGAUCGGCCCUCGCAGGGCUGCAGGUCCGCUUCUUCCGGAUCUACUCACGCUUGUAGAUUCUUGAGAUGGUUUGCCAAAUUUAGCCCGCAACCUGUUAAUAAGCAAAGAGUGGGAAAGGAAUCAUUUGAAGGGGUCUUGGACAUGGCCGCUACGGAGAAUACGAUCCGUUUCAGUGUCCACACCCUGGACAAAGCAACCAAAGCUAAAGUCACUUUAGAAAACUAUUAUUCGAAUUUAAUAGCGCAGCACGUUGAACGUAAACAAAGAUUAGCAAAAUUAGAAGAAUCCUUAAAAGAUGAAAGUCUUUCAGAAGAACAAAAAAACGAAAAGCGUCAACAGCAUGCGCAAAAAGAAACGGAAUUUCUUCGUUUAAAACGAUCUCGUCUUGGCGUCGAAGAUUUCGAACCGUUAAAAGUGAUAGGUAGAGGAGCUUUCGGCGAAGUCCGUCUGGUCCAAAAAAAAGACACCGGCCACGUGUACGCGAUGAAGAUCCUCCGGAAAGCCGAUAUGCUCGAAAAAGAACAAGUGGCUCACGUCCGGGCCGAACGGGACAUCCUCGUCGAAGCGGACCAUCAAUGGGUGGUGAAAAUGUUCUACAGUUUUCAAGAUCCGAUCAACUUGUAUUUGAUCAUGGAAUUCCUGCCGGGCGGCGAUAUGAUGACGCUUUUAAUGAAAAAAGACACUCUCUCGGAGGAAUGCACUCAGUUUUAUAUAGUCGAAACGGCUUUGGCGAUCGAUUCGAUACACAAACUCGGUUUUAUACAUAGGGACAUUAAACCGGAUAAUUUAUUGUUGGACGCUAAGGGUCAUUUGAAAUUGAGCGAUUUUGGGUUGUGUACGGGGUUGAAGAAAUCACAUAGAACUGAUUUUUAUAGAGAUUUGAGUCAAGCUAAACCGUCCGAUUUCAUUAUAACAUCAAGUCCAAUGGAUAGUAAGCGAAGGGCGGAAAGUUGGAAGAAAAAUCGAAGAGCAUUAGCUUAUAGUACAGUUGGAACGCCCGAUUAUAUAGCACCGGAAGUGUUUUUACAAACGGGUUAUGGCCCGGCUUGCGAUUGGUGGUCGUUGGGGGUCAUAAUGUACGAAAUGUUAAUCGGAUAUCCACCUUUUUGUUCGGAAAAUCCUCAAGACACGUAUCGGAAAGUAAUGAAUUGGAGGGAAACGCUCGUUUUUCCCGCUGAAGUACCGAUCUCUGAAGAGGCCAAAGACACUAUUAUUAGGUUUUGUUGUGAAGCUGAACGUCGAUUGGGUUCUCAAAAAGGAAUAGAUGAAUUAAAAUUAAUUCCGUUCUUUCGAGGAGUUGAUUGGGAGCAUAUUAGAGAACGACCUGCUGCUAUACCAGUAGAAGUACGAUCAAUCGAUGAUACGUCUAAUUUCGAUGAUUUCCCCGAUGUUAAAUUAGAAAUUCCUUCAGCCCCAAUGACACAAGAAGGUGAUGUAACGUACAAAGACUGGGUCUUCAUUAAUUAUACAUUUAAAAGGUUUGAAGGGUUAACUCAAAGGGGAACACCGACAAAAAAAUAAUGCAAAUUGAAAGUAUUUGUCAAGAAAAAAGGUGAAGAAAAAAGGAUAGAAAGGAAGAACGUGUUGUGUAGCUGAUUGUUUUAUUUGUUUAUUUGCCCGCUAUUUUUUUUUUGGAGAAAGAAAGUGUUCUAAUAGAUAAUUUAGGGCUUGUAUAAUAGGUCUGAAAAGAUAAUUUACGUUUUUUCCUCUUUAGAAAUUAUUACGAAUUAUUAUAAAUAUUGAUUUUUUUAAUUGUAAAUUUUUGAGGAGCUGUGAGAAGUGAAGCAGUUAAAAAAGUGUUUGACUCUCUUAGUAAAAAAAUAAUAACGGUCGUAUUUUAAUUAGG